GGUCGGGAAGGGUAUCCCUGUGGGGGGCUCGGCCCCCUCGGGCCGGCAGGUGGUGGGGAAGGCGGACAGCUGGCCGUACAACAGCGUGCUCGGCCACACGUUCUCCGUGACCUCCAAGAGCGAUGUCUCCCUCAACACGAUGCAGAGGAGAGUGUCCCAGGAGUUUGACCGGGAGAAAACGACACGGAGAAAAAUCAGAGUUUACCCGUCGGAGAGUGGGAGCGAGUCGCUGGUCAGCAGCAGCCUGGAGUGCGAGUCCAUGUUUAUCGGGACCCUGUUCGACGACAACGACUCAAAGAACAGUGACUUCCUGAACUCCAGCUUCUCACUGGACCCAGAGGCCACGAGUGUGGAUUGUGCCGAUUCCUCGGUGGUGUCGGCAGCCGGGCUGGAGUCUGAGAGUACCGGAGGCCUCAAGCACUGUCUGGGGGUUUCACUCUGCACGGAACAGGAGAAACGGCGCUUCUCAGCCUCCGAGCUGAUGAACAGGCUGCAGCUCUCACAGAGAAGGGUGGCUCAGGCCCUCAAACUGCCCAAGUCACUGGCAGCGAGGUCUCCGUCUCGAGAGAAGAGCAUCUCGGGCUCUCUCACCUCUGAAGGUAAACGCAGCAUAAAGGAGAAGACUCGUUCCCUGACCUCAGCGGAGUGUCUGGCCUUCCAGCAGCUACAGAGCAUUGGGAUGAUCUCCACAGACAGCUCGCUGUCCGGUCUAGAGAAACCCAUCGGCCAUUCCAGGAAGGAAAAGCCAGAGGAAGACACGAGUGAAAUGCAACUGAAAGAGAGGAGACACUCGCGGUUUCUGCAGAACUGUGAGUUCAUGUCUGCGAUCCUGUACCAGGAGUACAGCAACGUGGCCAGCGACCGGGAGAUUCAGCGUCAGAAGCGGGCGGACACGGUGACUGAGGACGAGGACAUGAUCCUGGGCAGCAGGUACAGCCUGUCUCCCCACAACUCCUUCCGAUCCCAGAGGCCGUCGCGAGGCUCCACCUUCGUCCUGUGGCAGGACAUCCCCGGGGUCCGCAGCAGUGGGUUCCUGGACUCCAUGGGCAACGAGCAGCGCAAACUACAGGAGGCCAAGUUUGAGCUGGUGACCUCUGAGGGCUCGUACCUCUGGAGCCUAACUCUGACCGUCGAACAUUUUCAGAACUCUAAGGAGCUGCAGGAGUGUCUGAACAGCCAGGAGAAGCAAUGGCUCUUCUCCAAACUUCCUGAGGUGAAGGAGGUCAGCGAGAAGUUCCUCCAAGAGCUGGAGGACCGAGUGGAGAAGAACAUCCUGUGCUUUGAUGUGUGUGACAUUGUGCUGACUCACUGCCCCGCCUUCCGCAGGGUUUACCUGCCCUACGUCACCAACCAGGCCUAUCAGGAGCAGACCUACCAGCGCCUCCUACAGGAAAAUCCCAAGUUUCCCGGAGUCCUGGCAAAGCUGGAGGAGCAUCCCGUGUGCCAGCGUCUGCCGCUCACUUCCUUCCUCAUCCUCCCGUUCCAACGCAUCAUGAGGCUCAAGAUGCUGGUGGAGAACAUCUUGAAACGCACGGCCCAGGGCUCGCGGGACGAAGAUGCAGCAACAAAGGCCUUCAAUGAGCUGAAGAAGGUGACAGAGGAGUGUAACUGCAGCGUGCAGUCAAUGAAGAGAACCGAGGAACUCAUUCACCUCAACAAGAAGAUCCAUUUUGAAAGUAAGAUUUUCCCUCUCAUCUCCCAGUCUCGGUGGCUGGUUAAGCACGGAGAGCUGACUGAGGUCGACACUCAGACAAACAAUAUGUCAGGAUCAAAGUUCAAGCUGUCCACCAAGCCCAUAUACCUGCAUCUGUUCAACGACUGUCUCCUGCUCUCUCGCAAAAAGGACACAGGGAAGUUUGCGGUGUUUGUCCACGCUAAGAUCCAGGAGCUGAAAGCCAAGGAUCUGAACGUCAAGGUCCACGGAAUCCCAGGCCACGUUUUCCACCUGCAGCUGUUUGAGAAACAGCAACUGAAACAGCAGAUUUUGCUCCGAGCUCGGACCGAGAGUGAGAAGCAGCGAUGGAUAACGGCCACCUUACUGACGCACCAGGACACAGACAGCGAGCUGACCGAGGUGGAGAAAGAAGACUCUCCUCAGGUUCAGUGUAUCAAGGCUUACAAAGCACAGGAGCCCGAUGAGCUGACCCUGGAGAAAGCUGACGUCUUCCAAGUCAAGACCAAAACAAAGGAUGGCUGGAUAGAGGGCAUUCGCCUGAGUGACGGGGACAAGGGUUGGUUUCCAACGAGUCACGUGGAGGAGAUCAGAAACCGGCACGCCAGGAUGCGAAAUCUCCGGGACAAGAAUCGCAUCAAAUGCGCCACCCAGAAACUCCAGGGGCAAAGCUUGUAACCUGCGGCCACUAACUGUCGGCUAAGCUGCCAGUGACCGACCGGGAAUCCCAACCAGGUUCCCAACUCCAGGCCCUCAGUCGCCUGAUGGAGUGGAAUUGAGCUUCUCGGGCAGUGCAUUAGAGUGUGGAGUCACCCAAGUGGAUGGGACAACAACAUUAACAACAAAUGACAUUUACACGGAGCCU